AUGUGGAAAACCAUCAUCUCAGCCGGCCAACAAGCCACCCUCGCUACUAGAAACCAGGUCUCAAAAGCCACUCCUAAAUCACUCGCCACCCCAACAGCAACAAGGACGCCCUUCAGCACAACCCCACUCUGCCAGAUCGAAAGGGGCCAGGGUUCACUUGAGCGUGAAACUUUGAACCCGGAGCGCUCCGAGACUGCCAAAUCUGGCACGGAUGGCGAGGUCGCCAAGCACCCUUCUGCAUUCGAUCCAAAGAACACAGCACCUGAGACCGAGCUCGCGGCCACUGAAGAGGAAAGCAGGCAAGAAGGCAAGAAGGAGAGUCCUCUAAAUAUGAGCCCCGCCAAUAGGGAUGCUAGUGCUUGGAGGCGCCAGGCUGAGGACGGGCCUGAUCGGAAUCAGGAUCGUGGGGCUUCUAGCGCUCGUGGGGCGACGAAGAAGGGCCGUGGUAUUCAUGUGAAGGAAGAUGGGACUCAUGUUUCGUACCGGGAUUGA